AUGGAAUUUCCCAGUCCAGAUAAAACCUUUUCGAGGAAUACAUGUGUACAACUACUUGGGAAAUUAACAUUGGCUCAACAAGAUACCAGAAUUGAUCACUUUACCAAUACUGUAAGCUCAGUUAUUAGUAACUUUCCGACACCAAAUAAUAGUCCAGAAGAAUUGUCUACAGAAGAACUUGAGAUUGAUACAGAAUGCACGUGUAGUUCUGAUAUUGUUGAGCAAAUACAGGAUUUACUGACAGAAUUGGAGGGUUGUGAUUCAAAUAAAAGUUCAGUCAUUUUGCCAAGUACAACUCGUAAAAGAUUACUAUUUGAAGAUCCGGAGAAAGACACUACCAGCCCUUCUAAUCUUAAGAAGUUGUGCAGCAGUCCAAUAAAUGAACUUUCUCAAGUACAACCAGCAUCAAAUGUAAUAACUUUACAUGAUGUAGUCAGUGACCCGCCUCUUAGUGUAGACGAAUUAGAAAAAGAUGAUUAUAUUUUACCACACAGUUUAAAAUAUAUUGACAAGCAUCUGACUUAUUUAGUAAGUAAUAUUUACAAGUCAAUAUCAAAACACAGUUCAAAAACUUCUCCAAAUUCCUUCGACAGGGCUUCCAAACAUUUAUUGGCUUUUAAACGUUUAGUAAUUGAUCAUGGAAAGCACUUAGCUGAUAACAAUCAUUGGCUGAUUGUUAUGGAUUAUGUUUUUAUGGCAUGGAAACAUGUUAACUCCACUCCAAUAUGGGAUAAUCCUACACACAACACUGCACGCAGACAAUGUUUUAAAUCAUUGUUGGGAUUAUGUAUGGUAUCACUUAAGAAAAUGAAAGGAAACCUUAGCAAUCAGGAACAGGAUUAUUAUAUAAAAAAAUUGAAGUUAAUUAACAACUACAAAAGCGAAGUGAAUAAGUGUCUACAACUUUUAGAUUUUGAUUUUACUACCCAAUAA